AUGAGUGCUCCAACGAGAUUAACAACGUUGGAUCCAAAUGAAGAUCCUGUGACGGGUCUGGAAAGAGUAGCAUCAUUUACGAAUGAGAAUGCAGAAAUAAGGCGAAGACAUCGUGAACAGCUACAACGCGAAUUUGAAGAAUCUCUCCAGUACAAAUCGGAUACAAACGAAGAGAGAGAAGGUGCUGUUUCUUCGCGAUAUGAAAGUUUGAAUUAUGAAAUCGUAGAAAAUGAACUCUAUCGAGCUGAGGAGAUGGAAACUGGUCAUCAGCGAAAACUUUUUCGCCAAUCAGUGAAUCGAUGGGUUGUGUGUUUCUUUAUUGGAGUUCUUACUGCUAUUGUUGCUGCUGCCAUAGAUAUAACGAUAUACUAUAGCAGUGUAAUCAAAUUUCGCUUAAUUAUUAACAGUUUGUUGAAUGUAUGUGAGAAGCGGAUGGAAGUUGGUGGUGGUUGCAUAUGGACAGUAGAAUUUGCAUGGAUUUGCUAUAAUUGCGUUCUGAUCACAAUUUCUGCUUGUUUAGUUUUAUUUCUAUCUCCUAUUGCUGCUGGUUCAGGUAUAUCACAAGUCAAGUGUUUUCUAAAUGGUAUAGAAAUACCAGGUGUUGUACGACUGAAAACACUGUUUGCAAAGGCAUUUGGUGUAGCAUGUACAGUUGCUGGUGGCUUAAGUGCUGGAAAGGAAGGCCCGAUGAUUCAUUCUGGUGCAGUGGUCGCAGCUGGUAUUUCGCAAGGCAAAUGUGUCACUUUCUCACUUGACUUUCAUAUUUUUGAACAGUUCCGGAAUGAUCGUGAAAAGCGUGAUUUUGUGAGCGCAGGUGCGGCAGCUGGAGUGGCUGCGGCUUUUGGUGCCCCAAUUGGUGGAGUUUUGUUCAGUCUGGAAGAAGGAACUAGUUUUUGGAAUCAGAGUUUAACAUGGCGCAUGUUCUUCGCUGCGAUGAUAUCAUCAUUUACUUUGAAUUGCAUUCUUAGCGUAUUUCAUGGAGUUGGUGGUUUUUUAUCGUGGAAUGGAUUAGCAAAUUUCGGCGUUUUUGAGAAUCAUAGCUACAAUAUUUGGGAAAUACCGAUCUUUCUUCUCAUUGCUGUUCUUGGAGGACUCUCUGGCGCUUUAUUCAAUUUCCUAAAUUUGAAACUUUCACGAUUCAGGAAAAAAUAUAUUCGAAGCAAAUGCCAGAAGUUGAUGGAAUGUUUACUUGUAGCUGCAGCAUCUGCAUUUACUGGAUUUGUUACACUGUUUUUAGUAAAUGAUUGUCAACCAGUCGGCCGUAACCCAAAGUUAACAGAGGUUACAAAGUUGUGGUGCCGUAAGGGUCAGUAUAGCGCCGUAGCAAAUCUAUUUUUUCAAAGUCCGGAGGAAAGUGUUAAAAGUCUAUUUCACAGCCCAGCAAAUUCUUAUGCGGUUAGUACACUACUGAUAUUUGCUGUCGAGUAUUAUUUCUUGUCGUUGUGGACAUAUGGGCUGUCAGUACCGAGCGGUAUUUUCAUACCAACAUUGUUAACAGGCGCAGCAUGGGGUCGCCUUAUUGGAGUUAUCGUCGAAUACAUGUUCCCUGAUAUUGUUUCAAGGUUUAUUGAUGUUUUGUUGUCCGUUGAUGCUAAAUAUUUUUUCGAGCAGACUGGUAUACAUCCUGGUAAAUAUGCUCUUGCUGGAGCUGCAGCGCAGCUAGGUGGUGUUGUGCGGAUGACAAUUAGCUUAACUGCUAUUCUCGUUGAAGCAACGAGGGAUAUCACAUUUGGUUUACCAAUAAUGCUUGUUCUUAUGGUUACCAAAUGGGUUGGCGAUUUGUUCAAUGAGGGUCUCUAUGAUGCACAUAUUGAAUUGAAUGAGGUGCCGAUUUUGGGUUGGUGUGCGCCAGAGCUAUCACGCAACAUAUUAGCAGGGAAUAUAAUGAGGAGAGAUGUAGUAACAAUGAUGCCGAAAGAACGUGUUUCACGCGUGAUUGAAGUUUUAAAUGCUACGUCACAUCAUGGUUUUCCCAUUAUUGAUGAAAUUAAUUCUCCGUCAAGUGAAGAAGAAUUACCUGAAUAUGGUCAUUUGAAGGGAUUGAUUCUGAAAUCACAGCUGAUUAUUCUGAUUAAGAAACGAGUUUUUUACAAAGAUCCUGACUGUCGAGUUGCGGUACAUGGAUACGAAUUGAUUCGACUUUCUGAUUUCGCAAACGAAUAUCCAAAAGAUGGAAAUUGUUGGCUCGAUUUAACCCCGUAUAUGCAUUCAAGUCCUUAUCGUGUACCUUUGAGUGCUUCACUACCAUCGAUAUUUCAUCUCUUUCGUGGAUUGGGAUUGCGAUAUAUAGCUGUCGUUGACGACGAAAAUAAACUGCGUGGAAUUAUCACUCGUAAAGAUCUCGCAAGAUUCAAAGGACGUCGAACUUUUGGAAAUUAUGCCGUAUGGGAACUUUUUGUUUCAGAUUUCCAGACAUGA